CAAAGGAGCAACAUAUUUUGGUGGUGGCUAGCAAGUUGUUUUAGUCAUACGUUGUCGUGCAGUAUCAUAGACUAAUGGAGUUCUGCAAAUUACACGAUGGCAGAGCUUCAGAAGUUUGCUGGGAAAAGUAAUGAACUUUGAUCCUUUGUUACUGUUUGAAUGACCUGCCACACAGAUACACGUCUCAGGGAGAGAGAGAGGCGCAGGAGGGGAGGACAAGUUUAGAUUUCCCUGCACUGUAGUUAACUACAGCAACUUUGUUUGCACCUCUCCUCCCUUUGUUCUGUUCAUCUUAUGCUGACCAGCGCUGUUUGAGCGGAGGUGGAGAAACAUGAAGAAGCAGGAGUUAUCCAGUACAGUUUGUUCCUCCUUGCACUCCCUGAUGUGGUGUCACUGGUCCAUGCUGCGCAAGAGAGGAUCUCUCAUCCUGUGUGGAGCUUUCCUGUUCGUUGCCUGGAAUGCCUUGCUCCUCCUCUUCCUGUGGGGUCGUCCUCCCAUUGGUCGACUGGGCGAAGGGGGCGGGGCUGAACCAGGGGAACCGGGUGGGUCCAACCUGGCUGUAGAGGUGAAUCGAUUGGCCGAUGAGGUGGCGUCCGAGUUGGAGACCCAGAAGAAGCUCCUGGAACAGAUCCAGAGUCACCGAUCACUGUGGGAACAGCAGAAAGAGGUGGGGAAAAGAGGUUCUGCACUAGAACAAGAGAAGAAGAUUGUCGAGCCUCCGCAGGUGCCCCAGUCUCCUCAGAAAGUCGACAACAACAACGAAAUUCCCAUGAAGAGCGAAGCGGGUCCCACCGAGUCCAGUCCCCAGCCGGUCAUCCCCAUCCUCGUCAUUGCCUGUGACCGAGUGACCGUUAGGAGGAGUCUGGACAAGCUCAUCCAGUACCGCCCCUCUCCCGAGCUCUACCCAAUCAUAGUCAGUCAGGACUGUGGCCAUGCUGAGACAGCCCGCGUCAUUGGCUCCUAUGGCAGUCAGGUGACGCACAUCAGUCAGCCCGACCGCUCGGACCUUCCAGUGCGUCCAGAACACAGGAAGUUCCAGGGCUACUACAAGAUUGCCCGCCAUUACCGCUGGGCACUCAACCAGGUCUUCAAUACACUUGGCCACUCCACUGUGGUCAUUGUGGAGGACGACUUGGAGGUGGCGCCAGACUUCUUUGAGUACUUCCGUGCUCUCUACCCUUUCCUGCGCGCGGACCCGACGCUGUGGUGCAUCUCCGCCUGGAACGACAACGGGCGGGACGGGCUGGUGGACCCGGGCCGGGCGGACCUGCUGUACCGGACCGACUUCUUCCCCGGGCUGGGCUGGAUGCUGCUGAAGGAGCUGUGGCAAGAGCUGGAGCCCAAGUGGCCCAAGGCCUUCUGGGACGACUGGAUGCGUCAGCCCGAGCAGCGGAAGGAUCGUUCGUGCGUGCGGCCCGAGGUCUCGCGCACCAUCACGUUCGGACGCAAGGGCGUGAGCCUGGGCCAGUUCUUCGACCAGUACCUGCGCUACAUCAAACUCAACACUGAAUUUGUGCCUUUCACCACGCGGGACCUGUCUUACUUGGUCAGGGAGCGCUACGACGAGAACAUUGUCAAGGAGGUGUAUGCUGCCCCCCAGGUCAAACUGGAGGAACUGCACGGGGGCACCCUGAAGGGGGCGGGCCCGUACCGCGUGCAGUACUCCAGCCGGGACAGUUUCAAGGCGCUGGCGCGAAGCCUGGGCGUCAUGGACGACCUUAAGUCUGGGGUUCCGCGGGCGGGCUACAGGGGCGUUGUCAGCUUCAUGUCCCGAGGCCGCAGGGUGUAUCUAGCGCCCCCCGAAGGCUGGACUCGCUACGACACCAGCUGGAGCUGAGGGGGGAAACGGGUGGGGGUGGGGGGUUAGAAUGAGAUAUAUGACGAAAGGACGUGAUGAUGGACCACAGAGACGCACCUCUCAAACCAAAGAGAACAGCAGUAGAGACUAUUGGUGACGAAUGUGAAUGGCAUGAAGGAGAGAUGGGGGGGUGAUGAGCAUAUUACAGGAGAAUUGAGGGCAUGAGAACAGGUGUGUGUGUGUGUGUGUGUCACGUCGUGCACCUCAUCAGGAUCGCUCUGUGCUCUGUAGGUCAAAUCAGUUCUGUAGUACAACAGCUGUUUCUAAUCGUGCUCUUAUCAGAGGUUGGGCCUCUUUUGCAAAUUGAGAAAAGACGAGCUGUCAGUUCUCCUUAGGCCCCCAACCACACACACCUACACACACACACACACACACACUGGGAUGACUCCCCAGCUGGUUUCGAGUGGUUUAGAUAAAAUAGUCAAUAUUAUUAUAAAUAAACUUUAUGAUUAUUAAAUAAUGAUUAUUGUUUAUUUUAAUUAAUGUAUUGGAGGGGAGAGAUUUUUUUUUUUUUUUCAAAAUCAAAUUGAAUCACCCAUGCCCUUUUGACAACGGCCGCUCUGAUUGGUGCAAGCAGGCGGCAGGCUCAUCACUCUCAUGCAUCGUCUGUGACGUCAUGCCGGUGUCUGUGCACCAGCUUCAUUUCAGAACCGGCACUUGGUGAAAUCCCAUUGCAUUCAGAAAAAGCUCAUAAGUGUUGGUUUGUUGCAAAACCAAUAGUUACUGUUACUGUUAUUUUUUCAAAUCACAUGAGGAUGAUGUAAGUUGUUGAUGAGAUAAAUGGUAAUAUAAUUACGUGUACUGUACUGAGAUUUUGAGAGAAGUGUGAUUGAUUCAGUCGCUCUGAUGACAUGUAAAACCACUGCCUGACAUGUUUAUAACUUUAAUACAUUGAGAAUAAAAUCCACUAUUUUGA